CUAUCUGAUUCAGCAACACUGGCCUAUAUGGUUUUUUUUUUUAGACAGGCCCAUUAAAAAAACUUAGGGUUCUUCUGCAAAUGUAUUAACACUGUGGCGUCUCCGUCUGGUCGUUUUCUCUUCCGUUUGCCGCACUUGCUUUUACUUCUCCUCCUCAGUGUUUGGGAUAUAAAUUCGUCUACACUUAAAAGCUAAUCUUCAAGAUGCAAAACGAAGAGGGUCAGAUCACAGAGUUAUACGUUCCUAGGAAAUGUUCUGCUACUAAUCGGAUGAUCACAUCAAAGGAUCAUGCCUCUGUGCAGCUCAACAUUGGUCAUUUAGAUGCUGAUGGCAUCUUCACCGGUCAAUUCACUACCUUGGCUCUCUGCGGUUUCGUUCGUGCCCAGGGAGAUGCAGACAGUGGCGUGGACAGACUGUGGCAGAAGAAGAAGGUCGAAGCUAAACAAGCCUAAGAGCUUUGCUUAUUAAGUUGGUUGGGAUUUUUGUUAUUUAGUUUUAAAAAGAUCAUCAGACAGACGGACGUACACAGAAGAAGUGAUUUUUGUUUGACUCUUUGUCUUAAUGCUAUAUUUGGUGAAUACACUUACUUGCUUCUGAUU